AACCACAUAGUUAAGGCAGUUAAGGUUGUAUUUUUAUUUUUAUUUUUACAAUAGGUCAGAUGGACCAUAGAAUUUAGAGUGAAGCCUCAGUCUGAUUUCCCAUCACAUUCAAAACCAAAAACCAAAUCACAUCUCAGUGCUGUGAUGACAAAAGUGUACCAAGUCAGAGAACGAACACCGUCCACACACACACACACACACAAAACAACCACACACUCUCAUACACUCUCACACGCUCAUCACAAACCUUAACAUUGACUUCAUGCUGUGCUGAGAGGCUGAUAAUUAAACUCCACUCUUUUCGUCUUUCUUUUGAGAAAUGCCGCGUUCAUUUUUGGUCAAGAGCAAGAGGGUGGGAUCCUAUUACACACGACCACCUGCCCACUUCCACAACUAUGAGCAUGAUGGACCAUUCAAAGCCCAGAAACCCAGUUGGAGCAUCUCACCUGAGCACCAGGAACUCAAUUCAGGAGCUACAGCAGCUUCUACUGGUUUAGGAUACGACUCAAUUCAGUGGGUUCCUGUGGCCUCCAGCCCUGACCCUGCUUCUCAGGAGGAGAACUGGGCCUCCUGGGCUACAGAGCGGCUGGGUGUUGAGAGUGGAUCUGGGUCAGUGUGGUCAUCUCCUCAUCACCUGCAGGCUGAUGGGAGUCUGAGGGACAGAGAGCAGGAACUGGAGAGACUGGUUCACGCUCUGCUCAGCCACAGACUGCAGCUCAACGUCAAAACCCCUCUGUGUGAAUGUCCACUGUGCGAGAAGGUGCUGUCGUCUGCAGUGGGCUUGGUGACUCACCUGCGCAGGUCACAUGUGAACAGAGUGGCUGUUCCUUUGCCUGGACUGGGCAUGAGUACACAGCAUUAUGGGCUGCAGGCCUCUGCUGGAUUCUGCAGCAGAGCGAAAGAGCGUAGUUUUGGCUGUAAGGUUUGUGGGAAGGUGUUUAAGCGCUCGUCCACUCUGUCCACGCACCUGCUGAUCCACUCAGACACUCGGCCGUAUCCCUGCCAGUACUGCGGCAAGAGAUUCCACCAGAAGUCAGACAUGAAGAAACACACCUUCAUACACACAGGUGAGAAGCCUCAUGUGUGUGUGGUGUGUGGUAAGGCGUUCAGUCAGAGCUCGAAUCUGAUCACACACAGUAGGAAGCACAGCAGCUACAGGCCGUUCAGCUGCCCGCACUGCUCUCUCAGCUUCCAGAGGAAAGUGGACCUACAGCGCCACCUGGAGACACACUGCACUGAUAAUAACAUCAGCAGCCCGGCUUAUCAGUGCAGCUGAAAUGUUUUUUUUUAAGCAGUUUUUAUGGGUAAACACUAUGGAGUUAAAGUAUUUAAAUCAGUAUGUUUGUACACUUGAAUUCAGUUUGGACCUUGGUGAAUUAUCCAAUAAGCACAUUAAAAUAUUAAAGUACAUUAUAAAUCUGAAAAAGUAAGUUUCUAUUGCAAAUUUCACCAUUAGUUGUAAACAACCCUGUUAAAAUUAUAAUUCUAAUUCAUUAAUUACAUCAUUACAUAUUUUAAGAUUAGUAUUUAAGCUCCAUAAGACACCCUCCUGAAAAACUUGAUGUAUUGUUUUUUUAUUGAUCUGUACUUCCCUUCUGGGGGAAUAGUUACUCCAGUUAAAUCUGUUGUGUUUUGUUGUGCUAAUUCUGA